GUCUAGCAAUAGUUACCUAACUACAUCUGAACAGUUGGAAAGCGAUGCAUGAGGUACUCAGUAUAUAAAUAGGUGCCUGUAGGUUACCUACUUCCUAGAUAUCGUUGAGAAAAAGGAACUGAGUUCGAUGAAUUGAACUCCGCCUACCAGCAUCAUGUCCAACGAUUUGAGCAUGUUAGAUGCGGAUGCCGCAAAGGAGCAGAAACUCAUGUAUGGCGACGAUCACGACCUCGACCAAAACUAUCCAAACCGGCCUAAGAAUCUACACAAGACUCUGCCGUUUCAUUGUCUGUUCACCGAGCUGUUCAAUCCAUUACUCGAUGCAACCAAAGCCCGAAAGCCCGUGGGUGCACGUCGGCGGCAAGGUCCUAGUGGGCAUUCAACCACUUCGCCACAGGAAGCGAAACGCAAUAUCAUCGAGCGAUUCGUGGCCAACUGGCGCAAACAAGUAGGGAAUGAUUUCUACCCCGCUAUACGGCUCAUAAUACCCGACAAGGACAGAGACCGAGCAAUGUACGGCUUGAAAGAGAAGGCAAUUGCCAAAAUCCUUAUCAAAGUCACCAAGAUCAACAAAGACUCCGAAGAUGCUAAAAGUAUGAUCAACUGGAAACUACCGAGCCGGCUUGAUCGAGCUUCGUCAUCUGCGGGAGAUUUUGCUGGCCGCUGUUUCGAAGUCCUGUCGAGAAGGCCGCUCAAAACUGGCGUAGGAGAUAUGACUAUCGCAGAAGUCAAUAGCACACUUGAUCAGCUAUCCCAGGUCGGUGGCGAGGACCAACAAACCAGCAUUUUCAAAAGGUUCUACCGAAGGAUGAAUCCGGAAGAACUGACCUGGCUCAUACGUAUCAUUCUGCGCCAGAUGAAGAUUGGAGCCACCGAGAAAACCAUACUGGACAUUUGGCAUCCAGAUGCCGAAGUUCUCUUUAAUAUCUCCUCCAAUCUCCGUCGGGUCUGCUGGGAGCUAUACGAUCCGGAUCUUAGGCUAGACGGUGACAAUACAGGAAUCACACUUAUGCAGUGCUUCCAGCCACAAUUAGCAAAUUUCCAAAAUAAAGUUGGCUCGUUCGAGAAAAUGGUGGCCAGGCUAAAGCCUACUUUGGAGGACAAUACCUUUUGGAUCGAGGAGAAGCUUGACGGAGAACGCAUUCAGCUCCACAUGGUCGAAGAUCAUGAUGCACCUGGGGGGAAACUGUUCGGUUUCUGGUCACGAAAGGCCAAAGACUAUGCCUAUCUUUACGGAAAGCAUCUCGAAGGUGAACAUGCCGGCGCACUCACGCGGUUCAUACAGGAAGCUUUCGGCUCAAAUGUGCGAAACAUCAUCCUCGACGGGGAAAUGAUCACUUGGGAUAUGGACAUUGACCACAUAGUCGGGUUCGGAACUCUGAAAACAGCCGCCAUAUCCGAAAAAGAGAAUAGGAACGGUACGAACACAGGCCAGCGUCCCCUUUUCCGGGUUUUUGAUUGCCUUUACCUGAACGACAAAUUGCUUACCCCUUAUACCCUUCGUGACCGACGCAAUGCUCUCAAGUCUGCGGUCAAGGGUGUGCAUCGGCGACUUGAGAUUCAUCCAUACAUAGAGGCCAACAAUGCCAACGAAAUUGAGCCUCAGCUGCGGAAAGUUGUUGCAGAGGCAUCAGAAGGCUUAGUACUGAAGAAUCCUCGUUCCAUGUAUCGGCUGAACGACCGCAACGACGAUUGGGUCAAGGUAAAACCAGAGUAUAUGGAUGAGUUUGGGGAAUCGCUUGAUUGCGUUGUGGUCGGUGGCUAUUUUGGCUCUGGCCACAGAGGUGGCGUGCAUUCUAGCUUUCUAUGCGGGCUGCUUGUCAACAAACAUGCUGUGGAAGGUGACCCUGAUUUUGAGAAAGUUCACUCCUUUUUCAAAGUCGGUGGUGGCUUCAGCCGGGAUGACUAUGCCGCCAUACGUGGUCGCACGGAAGAUAAGUGGAAAGACUGGGAUCAGAAACGACCCCCACAUCUCAUUGAACUAGGUGGGCAUACGGAAAAUCGCCAACAUGAACGACCAGAUCAAUGGAUCAGACCCAGCGAAUCCGUGGUUCUCGAAUGUAAAGCUGCCAGUGUAGAAGCGAGCGAUAAGUUCCGAAUGAACAUUACAUUGCGCUUCCCACGCUUCAAGCAACUCAGGACGGACAAAAAGUGGGCAGAUGCCCUGUCUAUUUCAGAGUUCAUGGAGUUGAAGGCCGCAGCCGAGCAGGAACAGGACCAAAGAAACAAGGCGUUUAACAUUGAACAGUCCAGGAGGAAGAGACCAAGAACUACGAAGAAACCAUUAGUUGUUGCCGGUAGUGGGAACAUUUCUGCGCCUUACGCUGGUCCCAGGACAAAAUUAUUCCAAGGUCUGGAGUUUUUCAUCAUGACGGACCAAACAUCGCCUGUGAAGAGGACCAAAUCAGAUCUUGAAGACAUGGUGAAGGCGAACGGAGGCAAGAUUGUUCAACGGGACUCCGAUGGAAAUAAUCUGGUCGUUGUCGCAGAUAAACGCCUGGUCAAAGUAUCCUCUUUAGAGAAGCGUGGGACGAUCAGCAUUGUAAAACCCAUUUGGAUUUCUGAUUGCAUCCAGCAGGCUUCUCUCGACACCAAUGCAAUCCCUUACGUACUUCCGUUUGAGCCAAAUAGACACAUGUUCUAUCUUCGCGAUGAUGAUCUAGAGGAGCUUGAAGCAAACGUCGAUCCGAACGGCGAUUCAUACACGCGCGACCUUAAUGACGUGGACGAGUUGCGAGAUAUGCUUGGCCGAAUGCCCUCAAAGGAUGAGAACGCUUUCAAUCGCGAUGAAUUCAUAUCUCAGCUUGGAUCGCAUGCACAUUCACUUAAGGAACUGCAGAAUUAUAUUUUCACCAAUAUGCGAGUCUAUUUUAGUCAAUGCGAAAAGCCGGGUUGGGAUAUGAGCGUUCGGAUUGCGUCGAAUCGUAUUGAAUUUGGGGGUGGGAGAAUUACUGAUGCAAGAUUGGGAGCCACACAUGUGGUUGUUCCUGAUGACGGGGCUUCAUUGAAACAUGAAAAAAACAUGGACAUCACAGGGCUCGCUCGCCUUGUUGGCCUGGCCUGGAUCGAGAGAUGUUGGUUGGAAGGAACCCGAGUUGACGAGGAAAGGUUUCAGUGGGGUUGAAGAGCUACCCGCACAACCUCGCAUCGGAAAGCCUAGAAGGAUGUAGCUAAGUAUUCAUCCCUAAUUCAAAUGCUAUAAUAGGUUCGUGCAUCCGAAUCCCAAGUAUAUGGAAUCCCUUGAAAUCGCCGCUAGAUUCUUGUACGCGUUCCUUGUCGGUCUACCUUUGGAAAUCAUGGAUUGGGCGAAUGUGCCACGGACUUGUGCAGACGUCACGCCUAUAGAACCGUGAUGGGCUGAGACCCCUUUUUUAGGCCCAACUCAGAAG